AUGGCACCUUCAAUUAUUCCAACAGAUCCAGCCGAUUUCGUAUACAAGGAAGUCCAAAAGAGCGAUGUAAAAAUUACGGCAAAUGGAACCGAGAGUCACCUAAAUGGCUUUUAUAGCUCCCCUGUUCAUCUCGAUCCCGCCUACCAGAUUGUCGAACAGCCAAUAGGAACGCGACGGCCUAUAAGAAUUGCUUGUAUGGGGGCCGGAUAUUCAGGUUUGAUGAUGGCCAUUAUGUUCAGCGAAACAAUGAAAGACAAGAAUGCCGAGCUUGUGAUCUAUGAGAGAAACAAGGAUCUCGGGGGAACUUGGCUGGAAAACAGAUACCCUGGCUGUAAAUGCGAUAUACCUGCCCACAACUACGCAUACAGCUUCGCUCCCAACCCUGAAUGGCCGAAUUAUUACGCUACAUCGCAGCAAAUCCAUGAGUAUAUGCACCAAGUCGCUGAUAAGUACGAUUGCAACAAGUAUAUCAAGUACGAGCACUCGAUCAAGUCGGCAAUCUGGAAUGAGAAUAACGCGAAGUGGGCGAUCAGAGUGCAGAAAGGAGACGGAUCCAUUGUGGAAGACAACGUGGACGUUUUCAUCAACGCUGGAGGAGUACUCAAUAAUUGGAAAUGGCCAAAUAUAGAAGGUCUUCACAACUUCAAGGGCAAAUUGAUCCACUCAGCCCGGUGGGAUGAGGACUAUGACUUCACUGGUAAAAGGGUGGCCAGUAUUGGUAUCGGAUCCUCGGGAAUUCAAAUUGUGCCACAGCUUGCGAAAGUCGUUAAUUCAAUGGACGUAUACAUCAGAACACAAACCUGGAUUUCGCCUGCACCUGGUAUCAACGAGCCCACGGCCAAGGAUCCGGACAUGGAUCCCGAUUACAACUUCACCAAGGAGACUUUAGAGUUGUUUAAAGACCCUGAAGUACUCCGGGAAUACCGUGUGGCUAUUAUGGACCGCCGUAUCGAGAACUUCAAACGGGCUAUUGCCGAUAGUGACGUCCAGAAGCGUGCGCAGGAGAUGUUCCGAAAGAGCAUGAUUGAGCGACUCGGUGACAGCGAAAAGGGACGCAAAGCAGCCGAGUAUUUAUUACCAGAUUUUCCUGUUGGAUGCCGACGUCAAACUCCUGGACCGGGAUUUCUGGAAGCUGUCACCCAGAAAAAUAUCGAACUCAGAUGGGACGAUGUGGUGCGUGUAACUGAGAGGGGUAUAGUUACCAGGUCCGGAGAGACUAAAGAAUACGAUGUAAUCGUAUGUGCCACCGGAUUUGACACAUCAUUCAAACCCUCAUUCCCUCUCGUCGGUCGUAAAGGUGUUGACUUGGCUCAAAAAUGGAACACGGAGCAACCCAAAGCAUACUUUGGCUUCUCUGUUCCAGAUAUGCCAAACUACUUUUGCUUCAUCGGGCCCAACAGCCCCAUCAGCAAUGGCUCUCUAAUCCUGGGCAUUCAAGCAACAGCAGUCUACAUUUACAAGUGGCUGGAGAAGUUACAGACGGAAAUGAUUCGCAGCUUUGAAGUUCGUGACGACGCAAAUGAGGAAUAUAAUCAACACAUGCAACGGUACUUAGAACGUACUGUAUGGACUCGGGGGUGCCGUAGUUGGUAUAAACGCGGAACUGUGGACGGCCCUGUUGUUGCUAUCUAUGGAGGUACUUCUUUUCAUUUUAUGGAAGCUAUCAAAAACCCGCGCUGGGAAGACUUUGUCAUGGAUCGGAUGCCAGAGGCUAGGUUUAACCGGUAUGCCUACCUGGGUAACGGAUUUACACGACGAGAAAGGAAGGGAGAGAGCGUGGGCGCAACGCAGACAUUGGACUUUCAAGAGUACUGGCGUUUGUUUGUACAUCCUGAAAUUCAUGAUUAG